CACCCGGCCCCCGGCUUUGGUCCGGGCCAAGAUGGCGAAGCUGCUGAGCUGUGUGCUGGGGCCGCGGCUCUACCGGGUCUAUCGGGACCGGGGGCCGGCCAGGCCCUCCCGAGACGGGGAUGAGGCAGCCGAGGGGGCCCAGGAUGGUUCUUGGGAGUCGUACUACCAGCCGCGGACGCUGGAGAAACAUGCUGACAGCAUCCUGGCCUUGGCGUCAGUGCUCUGGUCUAUUUCCUAUUACACUUCCCCCCUGGCUAUGUUCUACUUGUACCGAAAAGGAUACCUGACCCUGUCGAAGGUGGUUCCUUUCUCGCACUACGCUGGGACCAUGCUGCUCCUUUUGGCCGGGGUCGCCUGCCUGAGAGGCAUCGGGCGCUGGACCAACCCCCAGUACAUCCAGUUCAUCACCAUCCUGGAAGAUAGCCACCGCCUCGGCACCCCAGAAAUCAAGAAGAAACUCGCCAGCUACAACUUCGACUUCAGGAGCUGGCCCGUGGACUUCCGCUGGGACGAGGUCACUAGCCGGUCGGACUCCCGGGGCGUCUCGCUGAUGCAGCCGGAGCCCAAACAUCGGAGCGCAGCCAACGGCUUCCUCCAUGCCAUCAAGAAGCUGCCCUGCCAGAUCGCCAGCUACAUUGUGGCGCACACGUUCGGGCGCAGGAUGCUGUAUCCCGGCUCCGUCUACCUGCUGCAGAAAGCCGUCAUGCCCAUGCUGCUGCAGGGCCAGGCCCGCCUGGUGGAGGAGUACAAUGGGAAACGAGCCAAGCUGUUAGCCUGCGACGGCAACGAGAUUGACACGAUGUUCGUGGACCGUCGGGAAAGCUCCGAGCCCCACGGCAAGAAACUGGUGAUCUGCUGCGAAGGCAACGCUGGAUUCUAUGAGGUCGGCUGCCUGCCCACCCCCCUGGAUGCCGGCUACUCGGUGCUCGGAUGGAACCACCCCGGCUUCGCUGGCAGCACGGGCGUCCCCCUGCCGCAGAACGAGGCCAACGCCAUGGACGUGGUGAUGCAAUACGCCAUCCACCGCCUGGGCUUCCCGCCCGAGGACAUUGUGCUGUACGCCUGGUCCAUCGGGGGCUUCACAGCCACGUGGGCGGCGAUGUCGUACCCGGACAUCAGCGCCCUGGUGCUGGAUGCCUCCUUCGACGACCUGGUACCCCUGGCGCUCAAGGUCAUGCCAGAGAGCUGCAGAGGGCUGGUCACCAGGACGGUGAGGCAAUACCUGAACUUGAACAACGGCGAGCAGCUUUGCAGAUACCAGGGGCCAGUGUUGCUGGUCAGAAGAACGAAGGAUGAAAUUAUCACCACCACGGUCCCAGAAGAUAUCAUGUCAAACAGGGGGAAUGACCUGCUGCUGAAACUCCUCCAGCACCGGUACCCCAAGGUGAUGGCCGAGGAGGGGGCGCGAGUCGUUCGGGAAUGGCUAGAAGCUUCCAGCGCCGUGGAGGAAGCCUCGGUGUACAGCUCCUACGAGGUGGACGAGGACUGGUGCCUGUCCGUGCUGAGCUCCUACCAGGCCGAGCACGGCGGCCACUUCCCCUGGAGCGUAGGGGAGGACAUGACGCCCGAGGGGCGACGGCAGCUGGCCCUGUUCCUGGCCCGGAAGCACCUGCGGAACUUCGAGGCAACACACUGCACCCCACUGCCCCCCCCAGCCUUCCGUUUGCCCUGGCACUUGUAGCCGGGGAGCCCCCCCCCGUCAUGCCCAUCGAUUGCACUGACACACACACACCCCGUUGGUCUGUUUUAUAUGGAGCCGGGUGCCCCCCUCCCUGCUGUGUGUGAGCCCCCGCCGCACGCUGUAAAUCCGCCCCCAGCCCCAAACCUGGGGGGCCCCCCGAGCUGGAGAAAUUAACAGUAAAGAAGGUAUUUUUUGUA